AUGGUUACUUUUAUCUCCGUCGCUCUCUUCUUGACUGCCAACUUCUUGCCUGCGCUUGCAUGGGAUGUCAAACCUUUCAAGGUUGAUAUACCUCAAGAGGCAGUUAUUCGCAUGAACUUGUUGUCGUCAAGCGCUCAAUUCCCAAAUGCCCCGAGUUUUACCGGUGGAAACGCGACAUGGGGUGUCGAACUGGGCACAUUGGAGUCGGUCCGCGGCAAAUGGAUUGAUGAAUUCGACUGGUAUGAGCAACAGUCCUUGCUCAACAGGUUCAACCAGUUCACGGUUGAGAUCGAGAAUAUAAUGGUGCAUUUCGUACAUGAAACGUCCUCCGAACCGGACGCCAUCCCGCUCAUCAUGUUUCAUGGAUGGCCUGGUUCCUUCCACGAAUGGCUUCCAACUGUCAAGCCAUUGACCGAGCGCGCCGUGAACGCGCAAGGAAAGAAUGUGUCCUUCAACGUCGUCGUGCCCUCCCUGCCGGGUUUUGGUUUUUCCUCUCUUUCCUCGCCCGAGUGGACGAACGAGGACAGCGCGCGCAUCUUCAAUACGCUUAUGGUGGACGUCCUCGGAUACAAGACCUACACGACCUUUGGCAGUGACUGGGGCUCGGAAGUCGCGUACAUCCUAUACGCCAACUAUACCUCGACAGUGCGCGCGGCACAAUUCUGUUUCAUCCCGUUCUUGCCCCCUACCUCAACUGACGCUCGAACUGCCAACGUCAGCCUAUCCGCUUUCGAGGUUGCGCAGCUGCAGAAUAACGACGCGUUCAUCGCUCGUGGAAUGGGUUUCUUCCACGAACAGCAGUGGAGACCGAACACCAUCGGCUUAGCGUUGUAUGAUAAUCCCACUGGACAGCUCUCCUGGAUGUACGAACUGUGGACGGAGUUUUCCGAUCCCAAGCGCGGCACCGGCCCGUCCGUCCUCACCGACACAGCGAUCUUGACCUCGAUCUCGCUCUACUACCUCUCCAAGACCUACCUGUCCUCAUCCUGGAUUUACUCUCAGAAUUCCUUAUCCACGAAUUUUGACGUUCCUCGUCCGGCGACGCCAAUGGGGUUCAGCGCGUUCCCUUACAAUCUCGGAUACCCGCGGGCAUACGUGGAGCGAGUCGGUAACCUGACCUUCCUCAACGAACACGACUCUGGCGGACAUUUCCCGGGCCUCGACAAUCCGGCCGCCCUCGUUGCGGAUCUUCAGGAGAUGGCGGGAUAUUACGUUGCGUAG